CGUCGGCGGGGAAGGCGGGGCCUCCGCUGCUCUGCUGUUUAGCCUCUGUGUUGUUGUGUCUUGUGUUCUGGCCUCGUCCUCAGCAACCAAUCACGUGGCGUCCUCCGGGGCCUGUACACCUCUCGCAGCCCUCCUGUUAUUGACGGUAGCGGCUCGGGUUGGGUUCCGGUGAGGCGACAUCUGGCGGGGCAGCGGCGCUGGCGGGCUGAGGGACCGGAAGAGAAUGGCUGCGCAGGGCGCAGAGAAAAACCCCAACAAGAAGAAAACCGAGAAGAAAUUCGCCGCCCGAGAAGAAGCCAAACUGCUGGCGAGUUUUAUGGGAGUGAUGAAUGUCAUGCGCAAACAGAAAACCUUGUGUGAUGUUGUCCUUAUGGUGCAAGAUCGAAAAAUCCCAGCUCACCGUGUAGUCUUGGCAGCUGCAAGUCAUUUUUUUAACCUUAUGUUUACCACAAACAUGAUUGAAUCAAAGUCCUAUGAGGUGGAGCUGAAAGAUGCAGAACCUGACAUCAUCGAACAGCUUGUGGAAUUUGCAUACACUGCCAGAAUUUCUGUAAAUAGCAACAAUGUCCAGUCGUUGUUAGACGCAGCGAAUCAAUACCAGAUAGAACCAGUCAAGAGAAUGUGUGUGGAUUUCUUAAAGGAACAAGUGGAUGCUUCUAACUGUUUGGGUAUUAGUGUCCUAGCAGAAUGCCUUGAUUGUCCAGAGCUGAAGGCCACGGCAGAUGAUUUUAUUCACCAACAUUUCACUGAAGUUUACAAAACAGAUGAAUUUUUGCAGUUGGAUGUGAAACGCGUUACCCACCUUUUAAACCAGGAUACAUUGACUGUUCGUGCUGAGGACCAGGUUUACGAUGCAGCAGUGAGAUGGUUAAAAUACGAUGAGCCAAACAGACAGCCAUUUAUGGUGGAUAUUCUUGCGAAAGUCAGAUUCCCUCUGAUUUCGAAAAAUUUUCUAAGUAAAACGGUGCAAUCAGAGCCUCUCAUCCAGGACAACCCAGAAUGCCUUAAGAUGGUCAUCAGUGGAAUGCGUUAUCACCUGUUGUCUCCCGAAGAUCGAGAAGAACUAGCAGAUGGAACAAGACCUCGAAGAAAGAAGCAUGAUUAUCGGAUUGCAUUAUUUGGGGGAUCACAGCCUCAGUCCUGUCGAUACUUUAAUCCAAAAGAUUAUAAUUGGUCUGAUAUCAGAUGUCCCUUUGAGAAACGCCGGGAUGCAGCGUGUGUCUUUUGGGACAAUGUUGUCUAUAUCUUGGGUGGUUCUCAGCUGUUUCCUAUAAAGAGGAUGGACUGCUACAAUGUUGUGAAAGAUUCAUGGUAUUCUAAACUGGGCCCUCCAACUCCAAGAGACAGCCUUGCUGCAUGUGCCGCCGAAGGAAAGAUCUACACAUCAGGAGGCUCCGAAGUGGGAAACUCUGCCUUGUACCUGUUUGAAUGCUAUGACACCAGGACAGAGAGCUGGCACAUAAAGCCCAGCAUGCUUACCCAACGUUGCAGUCAUGGAAUGGUGGAGGCUAAUGCGCUAAUCUAUGUUUGUGGGGGCAGCUUGGGAAACAAUGUGUCCGGGAGGGUGCUGAACUGCUGUGAAGUAUAUGACCCAACUACAGAAACGUGGACUGAACUGUGCCCAAUGAUUGAAGCUCGGAAAAACCAUGGACUGGUGUUUGUGAAAGACAAAAUCUUUGCAAUUGGUGGACAGAAUGGCCUGGGUGGCUUAGACAGUGUUGAGUACCAUGAUAUCAAGCUAAAUGAAUGGAAGAUGGUGUCCCCGAUGCCUUGGAAAGGGGUCACUGUGAAGUGCGCUGCAGUGGGCUCUGUCAUUUAUGUCUUGGCGGGAUUUCAGGGAGUGGGACGUUUAGGAAAUAUUCUUGAGUACAAUACCGAGACAGAUAAAUGGGUUGCCAACUCUAAAGUCCGAGCCUUCCCCGUGACCAGUUGUCUGAUAUGUGUCGUGGACACUUGUGGGGCCAAUGAAGAGACUCUGGAAACAUGAAGAUCCAGUAUGUGAUGUCCGCACCUUGUAAAUGACUAAUUAUAUUUAUGAAACUGAAUCUGAGGGACUUAUGACAAAAGCUCAUCAGAGAAGACAUCGGCAGAAACCUGUGGAUUGUGCUUGAUCCUGUUUUGUUUUAUUUUGCUCUUGUCAUUUAUAGGAGCAUUGCAGUGAGCAUUAUACUGUUUUUUUUAGUGGAAGACUCGUUUUUAUGUUGCUUCAUGUGAACUGUCUAAAGAUAAUAAACGUGGCGCACUUGCUUCAGUAUAUUUAACAGUCCUAGUGCUCUGAGAUGGACUUUUAGCAUCUAGGAAGCUGUGUUGUCACUCUGCUAGUU